AUGUCAUCACAACGUUCCAAAGACGAGCUCGACCCGGAGCAUCCGAAUCCAUGCUAUCCACGAGCAUGUGCAAUCCAAUCAUGUCUUCAGAGGUCAGGCUUCGACCAGUCACGCUGCGAACACUUGAUCGAUGACCUGUAUCGUUGCUGUGCCAAGUUCUACCAACAGCGCGGGAAGGGCGCUGAAGCAGAUAGUUGUCCCAUUGCGUCUCUUGUCGAUAGAAGGAUACGGAAGAUGGAGGAGGAGGGCAAGGGAGGUGCCGGAGGAUCGCUGCUUGAGACCAAGAAGAGGUGA